AUGGCUGUUCUCUCUGAACAUUCUCAAGGAUCUUCAUCUUCUUCAUCAACUCAUAAAGGUCAUAGAUAUGACGUAUUUUUAAGUUUCAGAGGUGUUGACACUCGUCAUGGUUUCACUAAUCACCUUUAUAAUGCCCUCAUUCAUGCCAACAUCAUUACCUUCUUGGAUGAUGAAGAGAUGGAAACCGGGGAAGAUCUGAAACCAGAAUUGAAGAGUGCUAUUAAAUCAUCUAGGGCUUCUAUUAUCGUGUUCUCCAAGAAUUAUGCAACUUCCACAUGGUGUCUUGAUGAACUGGUGUUGAUCCUUGAGCAACGUAUGAAAUUCAACCAUGUUGUAAUCCCCAUCUUUUAUCAUGUUGACCCCACUGAUGUCAGGAAGCAACAAAGUAGCUUAAGAGAUCCAAUAGCUAAGCAUAGACAAAAGAUGGAGGCAGAGACAAAUUCAAAUAAAAGAAGUCAAUGGUCUCAAAAGAUAGAGCUUUGGAAUAAAGCGCUUAGAGAAGUUGCUGACUUAAAAGGGAAGGAUGCAAAUGGCAGGCUUGAGGUGGAGUUUAUUGAUGAAAUUGUCAAGGACAUCUUCCGUAGAUUACACAUACCCUCAAGGUUUCCACUACCACAACUUAUUGGGAUGGAAGAUUCCAUUAAAUUCGUCACUUCAUGGUUGAAAAAUGCAUCAUCACAUAUGCUAGACAUACUCACUAUUUUGGGGAUGGGUGGGAUCGGGAAGACGUCUUUAGCCAAAUAUGUCUAUGCGUUACAUUCUCAUGAAUUUGACACAAGCAGCUUCAUUGAAGACAUCAGUAGGAAAUGUGAUGAAAAAUCUAAUGGGAUGCUUGAUGUACAAAAAAAACUAUGUGAUGAUAUUUCAAAACCAAGUUCAGUUCAAGUUCUUGAUGAUUCUAUAUGCACCUCAAUGAUAGAGAAUGCAGUGAUGCGCAAGAAAAUGUUUCUAGUUCUAGAUGAUAUUAGUACUCUUAAACAAUUAGAUGCAUUACUUGGAAGCAAUGGUUUUUAUCCAGGAUCCAAAAUCUUGAUAACAACAAAGGACGCAUGGUUAACAACGAGUUGUACACUAUUCAAAACGACUGUUAAACCCAAUCAUGCAACAUGCGAGCUUAAUGUCUUAUAUGAGAUCAAUUCACAAAAGCUUUUGUGUUAUCAUGCAUUUAUGUGCAAUCAUCCCAAACCAGGUUAUGAAGAGGUGUCAGAAAUGCUUGUGAAGUAUUGUGAAGGACAUCCAAUGGCUCUUAAAGUUUUGGGUAGGUCUCUACAUAAUCGAGAUGUAAGUUAUUGGGAGGGAUACAUAGAUAGGCUAAAGAAAGAAAAUGAUUCCCCUAUAAAUAAUGUCUUGAGAAUGAGCUUCGACUCUUUGCCGUCAGAAAAUGAUAAGGAGUUGUUUAAGCAUAUUGCUUGUAUUUUUGUUGGAAUGGAUAGAGAUGUUAGUGUAACAAUAUUAGAGGCAUGUGAUAUAGAGACAAGAUCAGGGAUCACGAAUCUUAUUGACAGAGGUCUUCUUAGUAUCAGAUGGAAUAAUGAAUUAACAAUGCAUCAGUUGGUUCAAGAGAUGGGAAGAUUUGUGGUACGUGACGAAUCACUUUACAAGCCAUGGGAACGUAGUCGAAUAUGGGGUCAUGAGUCGUUUAGAGUGUUGAAACAAAAAAAGGGUACGGAUAAUGCUCUAGGCCUCAGCCUUGACAUGAGAAUGCUUGAGAAAGAGAAGUUACAUGGAUCAGUUGAGUUGAAAACAGAAGCAUUGAGUAAGAUGGAUAGGCUAAUGCUUCUACAACUCAAUUAUGUACAAAUAACCGGCUCUUACAAGAAUUUUCCAGAAGAAUUAAGAUGGUUGUGUAUGCAUGGAUUCCCUUUGAAGUUUAUACCUUCAGACUUACCGAUGGAGAAUUUGGUUGCUCUUGACAUGUCAUAUAGCAAUAUUGAAUCGUUUGGCGUUUGUUGUAGUAAUCCACAACUUCAACAUAGGCAAAAGCUGUUACUUGGAUCGUGCUUAAAAGACAAUAUGGUGCUUGUAUUAUUGAAGAUUCUUAAUUUAAGUUUCUGUACACAACUUUAUAGUUUGGGUGGUUUUGACCAACUCCCUGCACUUGAGAAGUUAAUACUUAGAGGUUGCACUGGUUUGCGUGAGGUCUGUGAAUCAAUUGAGCAAUGUGUUGAACUUGUCCACAUCGAUUUCAGCUACUGUAACAAGCUUGAAAAACUUCCAAGAAGCUUAGUUAUGUUAAAGAAAGUUAAAACACUAUUGCUAAACGGUUUUUAUCUCGAUGAAUCUCGCAUCAAGCUUAGGGAUAUGGAUUCAUCAGAAAUGCUCAAGGCUAACAAUAUUGACAUAAACACAAAAACCUCUUCCACCACUGUUGUUCUCCAGGCUACGCCAAGUUAUUCCAAUUUUUCUGUGAUUUCUUUACCGAGAAAUUUAGUAAGCUUGUCACUUGAGAAUAAUAAUUUGUCCACUGAAUCCUUUCCCAUGGACUUUAGUUGCCUGUCUAUGUUAAAAGAAUUAUAUCUAGAUGAAAAUCCUAUUAUUUCCCUGCCUAGCUGUGUGAGAAGCCUUCCUAAGCUUGAGAUACUUAGUAUGCGAGAUUGUAAAAUGCUAACGACAGUCGAGCAUCCUCCACAUACACUAACAUUUAUGAACCUUUUUCUUCAUGGUAUUUGUAAGCCUUUGCUACGAAAAGUUGUAUUUGAUCCACAAAUGUCCCCACUGAAGUUCUCACUAGGAUGGAGGAUCUUGGCACUUUCAUCCUUUGAAUUUGAAGGUAUGGUCAAAAUCCAACCAAUGGAAGGCGUUGAGGUAAAGGUAUUACAUUGUUUGGGCUGGAAUAACCUAGACUUGCUUAAAGGAAGACACGUGACAACUUCUAUUGGUUAUAGAGAAUCUGAGGAAUCUGAAAUCCAGAUGUAUUAUGAAUUUGGAAUAUUCAGCACAAUUUAUGAAGGCAAAGAGAUGCCGAUUUGGAUUACACAUAGAAGCAUGGUGAGGAAGAGACUAUUUGAUAUUGGAGAAUACAUCCUAAGCAAACGUCGAUUUCUGUUGCCUAAUCUUGAUAUAGCUCUACUAAGGCAUGGUAAUCUGCGUGGAGAAGGCGUCCACUUUAAAGAUAAGUUGUACUUCAAAGCUUUGUCCCAAAGGAAGUCUGGUGCACCAGAGGAUGGCCCCUAA